AAUGAACGCCAAAGGUGCAGGAUUAACAUAUGUUAGUGAAUACAAAUCUGAUGAAUUCAGAACAUUCAGAGGUGGUUUGAGACAUUUACCUGAGAGAGCAGAGUAUAUGGCACAUAAUAGCAAGAACAAUUUGUCUAAUUAUCAUGACAAAUUUAAUUAUGAGAGAGUAAAAUAAUAUAUUUAAAUUAUUAGGGGUUCAUUUAACACUCAAGAUCAUUAUCUAAUCAACACCACAAUUUCCAUUAUAUGUUUGGAGGACCUAAAGAAUACUUAUUCAAAAGACUUUUCUAUGGUGCAUGGUAUAGAAAGAAUAUUAGAAAUUUCUGGUUCCCUGCUGUGUUUAGUUAUGGACGUAAGCAUUUUACUAUGAAAUAGUUGGUUGUUUCUGCAUGAGAUUAUAUGAUAAUGCAGCCCAUGAUUUCUUUUAUUUCACCGAUUGAG